AUGGUGGGACUUCUAGCAGGCCAGAACAGGAGUUACUCAAGCAGCCAGCCGGUUCUCCCGCCAGAGUCUCUGCUCACCAAGGGGACGCAGCGCGAGACAAGGGGGAACUUCACCGCAGCGCCGGUGACGUUGUUUGUGUACGAGGCAGGGCAGGCGGCGUUGGGGUGUGGGCUGCAGCUCGCCUUCCACGCCAACUUCACCUUCUCCCUCUCGCCUCGAUCUGGCCGCGUGGGCUUCAACGGCUUUGCAUUUGUCGUCUCGGCAACGGACCGGCACGGCGACAUGAGCAGCCAGCAUGUGGGGCUGAACGUUCGAGGCGAGGACAGGUCGCUAGCCGCUGUGAGGUCGCCCUUCCCUCUGAGCAACACGAAGGCGUUCACGGCGUGGGUGGACUAUGAGCCGGGGGACCCCGGCACCAUCCAGGUCUUCCUGGCUGACUCGCAGGCGAAGCCGCAGGAGGCACUGCUGGAGAGGAGGCUGGCGCUGUGUGAGGUGCUGCAGGGUGCAGCCGAGCAGCCCGCCUUCUUCUUUGGCUUUGUGGCGUCCACCACUGUGAAGCCGUUCCAGCGGCACGUCAUUCUUGAAUCCACAGUGGAUACGGGUAAGCAGUUUGUGCUGGAAGGGGAAUGA